CCCAUAUUCCAAAAAAAAAAAAGAAAAACUGUGAAGCUUCUCAGGACUCCUUAAAUGGCGACUCGUGUCUAUCGAGGCCGCACAAGACACUUGUCGCCUCCUCCACCUCUCGCAACUCCAACUUACAGAAAAACUCCCAAUUUUCCACUCUCCAAGAAACCAAACAAAAAAAAAAAAAAAAACAGAGACCAAGACAAAAGAAAAGUGAAAAGUGUACUGGGGGAUACUCACAAUUGGAUGGAUAUAUAAGAGAAUCUCUUCAGAGCUUGGUUGUUGUUAUUGCUUGAAGAGUUUUCAAGGGGGGGAAAAAAUGGGGUCAAAUAUGAACUUUAAGAACUUUGGAGAUGCAACACCACCAUUAGGGGAUAUUGGGUGUGGUGGGUUAAAGCCAGCAGGGAAUAGUUACAGUUUGGCUAGACAGCCUUCCAUAUACUCAUUGACCUUUGAUGAGUUCCAAAACUCCAUGGGAAAAGAUUUUGGAUCGAUGAACAUGGAUGAGCUCUUGAAGAGCAUAUGGAGUGCUGAAGACACUCAAAUCAUGGCUUCUAGCGUUGGAGGGUCAGGAGGUAGUGGUGCUCUUAAUGGGAACUUGCAGAGACAAGGUUCGAUAACCUUGCCGAGAACGCUAAGUCAGAAGACGGUUGAUGAGGUGUGGAGAGAUUUGGUCAAAGAAAGUGAUGGGGAUAAAGAAGGUAGUAAUGUUGGUGGAGGAUCAAAUGUGCCUCAGAGGCAACAAACUUUGGGGGAGAUGACUUUGGAGGAGUUUUUGGUCAGAGCAGGGAUAGUGAGAGAAGAUGCUCAAGCUCAACAAACUGGAAGGCCUGCUAGCACUGCAAACAACAAUAAUGCUAAUAAUUUAGCGUUUGGAUUUCAACAGCCAAAUCAAAACAAUGGAAUUUUCGACAAUCGGGUGAUGGCGAUGAAUAAUUCACCUCUCAAUCUGCCUUCGAGUUUACCACUGAGUAUCGGCGGAGUGAGAUCAUCUCAGCAACAAGCACAGCAAAAGCCCCAGAAGGAGCCGCUCUUUCCCAAACCUGCAGCCACUUUGGCCUUUGUCCAGCCUAUGCAUUUAGUGAGCAAUGCUCAGCUUAUGAGUGCGGGAACUCGGGAAACGAAUCAAACAACAGUGGGAAUUGCAGAACCUGCUGUCAAUGCUGCCUUAGUUCGAGGUAGGGGUCUACCGGGUGGUGGAGUUGGCAUGGCUAAUAUAGGUGCUGGCGGCGUUACAGUUGCGGCAGCAUCUCCUGCAAGUCACAUGUCAUCUGAUGUUAUUUCAAAGGCUAGUGUAGAGACACCUACUUCAGUGUCACCAAUUCCUUACAUGUUCAGCCGGAGAGGGAAGUGCAGUGCAGCUUUAGAGAAAGUUAUUGAAAGAAGGCAGAGGAGAAUGAUCAAGAACCGAGAAUCGGCUGCAAGGUCCCGCGCUCGUAAACAGGCAUAUACAUUGGAACUAGAAGCAGAAGUUGCCAAACUUAAAGAAAUGAACGAAGAACUUCAGAGAAAACAGGCAGAAUUCAUUGAAAUGCAGAAAAAUGAGCUUUUGGAGAAAAUGAAUAGACACUGGGGAAAUAAAAGGCAAUGCUUGAGGAGGACGCUCACAGGUCCUUGGUAAAAUUGAUGAUUUGGAUUGCAAAUAAGUCAAAAUGUGUGCUUGGACUAGGGAAAAUACCAAAGUAUGGUAUAGGAAUUUGAGUGUCUCAUCAGUGAUAUCAAUUCAGUCUUGUACCAAAACUGUAGGUAGGCAGGUUAGUGUGUAGGACCAGUGUACUACUUGUAAUUUAUUGUCUAAUGCAGGUUUUGUCUUGUAGAUUAAACUCUUGAAUCGUGUGAACUUUUGGUUGACUUUCGUUUGAUUAAAAUUUAAUUAUGACAUCUCUAAAGU